GGGGGCGGGGCGGGGCGGGGCGGGGCGGGGCCGGGCCGGGCCGGGCCGAGCCGAGCGGAACCGGGACGGGCGGCGGGCGCAGCCAUGUCGUUCUGCUCGUUCCUGGGGAGCGAGGUGUUCAAGGACCACUUCCAGCCGGGCAUCUACGUCUGCGCCAUGUGCGGCCACGAGCUGUUCUCCAGCCACGCCAAGUACGAGCACUCGUCCCCGUGGCCGGCCUUCACCCAGACCAUCCGCGAGGACAGCGUGGCCAAGUACGAGGAGCGCCCGGGGGCUCUGAAGGUGUCUUGCGGCAAGUGUGGCAACGGGCUCGGCCACGAAUUCCUCAACGAUGGGCCAAAGAGGGGCCAGUCCCGCUUCUGAAUAUUCAGCAGCUCGCUGAAGUUCCUCCCGAAAGGCAAAACAGGCAGGAACCUGACGGAGAAGUAAGCGAGCUGCUCUACUGACACGCUGCUCUUGGGCUGAUCCUGCAUUCACACCUCGGCGUGCAUCAGCAGUCAAGGGGGCACCACAAGCAAGAGGAACUCCAAAGAAGCUUCUGGUGUCCCUGGCCCGGUUCCCUCUUGGGGCUGCUGCGAUUUGGGGUUCUGGGGGGAGCAACGGGAGAGGCGAGGGGAAAAUGGAGCUGCUGAAGCUCUGUGCUUGCCGGCUGGCAGGUUGUAUAACCUGUGCCUGAGGGUGUUCCACACGAAUUGGGGUGAUGCAAAGGCUGCAGCUCUGCAUUUACCCACCCUUAGCCCCUCUGUUCUCCCCAGCAUCCUCGCCUCUACUGGCAGCACCUACUGCCAAGUCCUUUUGGUUCUGGCUGUUAAAAGCAGCCUGUGUGCCUGCAGUCGUGCCUCUGCUGGGCUCUGGGGUGGGUUGGCUGCUGCCUUCAGCCAGGGCAGGACACUCUGCAGAUACACAGCCAGGAGGGGCCCAGUGCUGAUGUGGCACCGAGGUGAUCUAGGGUCGCUCUGCUGGCACUUGCAGGGAGCAGUGCUGGAUUAGCCGAGGUCAGAGUCUGGGUUAAUCCCUGCUGCUAUUCUGGGCUGCGAUCAUGGUAUGAAUUGCCCUAUAUAAACCCUUCCAGGGUGCUAGGGCAAAGAUGAUUUUAUGAUCUCGCUAGAUAGCACACAGGUAUUUACCCUUUACACAUUUUGCACACAGUAGAGGCGGUUCUAGAUGUCCCCUGUCCUCUGGGCUUGAUUCUGGCUUGGCCUUACACCAGAUGUAUCACUGUGCUACAGACUCCAGCAGCACUAAUGGUUCUUCCUUGCUGUACCCUUGUGCAGGGGAGGCCAGAAUCGGGCUCAUGGGCUGCACUUUGCACAACUCAGGCUUUAGGAAUCACGUCUUCCUUCCCUCUCUGCUUGGAAGGGCUGCGACGCUGAUUUCUCCUUAAUUCAGCAUCUGAUUCGUUGCCUUCCCUCCCUGUCCCAGAGGUCAAAUCCUCCUCUGAAACCAAUACACAAGGUUUUUUGAAGACCACAGACCCUUGUGCUGACCCCUGGGUGCGGAGGUGCAGCUCUGGUGGAACACGUGGGUGGUUUGGGGGGCUGCACUGCUGGUGCUGUCAUGGGGCAGCUGUGCUCAGGGGCACGUUAGAGGCUUUUAUCUAUGUGCAUUUUGCCUCAGUCCUGCUGUUGGGAGGGCACCGAUAAAAAGUGCAAUGUGCCGGCUUGUUACCUGAAGCUCACUGCUGCUCUUGUACCUGUUCCAAUACUGAAAAUGAAGCACUGAUUCACUGUG